GGCUUAGGGCAUAGCCUUGUCCCUAUCUGUCUCUUGCAUUUCUUGUUAUGUUAAUAGGUUAAUUUCAGGUGUUAAUCAUGUGUAGAUAGUGUGUUGACAUUGAUUUCCUGCAGAAAUAUGUAAUUUGAAAAUGAAGAUUGUUUUACUUAAACAGUUUUAAAAUUCUAUUUUUGAAUGGAUUAAAUCUAGCCACUUAACCACAGUUGGUAUCGUUGUAUACAUAACCCUACUUUUUAGCAGUAUUUUGCACCUAACUCUCGAAGUACGUAAUAAACAGCCUAAUGUUUUAAAUUUCUUACAGAUGAACUGCUAUAAGCUUCCACCUGUUUUAGAUUCAAAACAUGUUCUAUUGAAUCACUUACUGGCAAAGGUAAAAAUCAUUUUACCAUUGUCAUCAACUAUUGCAGAUGAUUUGGCUCUAGAGUUAUAUGAGAAUCAUUCUCAUGGGGACAUCUUGAAGUUAUUGGAGCACGAGACUUUACUGAAGGAUGCCAUACUAAAUUUAAAAACUGAUGGCAGCACUAAACAAAAAUUGGGAGCAGAACUGUUUUCAUGUGUGUCUCAUUUCGACACCUCACUCUGUGCUCAAGUCACAGGAAUGCUUCUGGACUUGGAUGUCUUAACCAUCUGUCAACUACUGCACGAUUCUGAAGCAUUGGAAGCAGCUGUAUUGAAAGCUAAGACAGAAUUUAUCAAAUACAAACAGAGGAAAGAGCGUCUGGGGGAAGAGAUUUACUCGCAAGUGGUGGUCCAAUAUCCGAACCCCUCUGUUGCUGCACAGCUGACUGGGAUGUUACUGGAGCUGGAUGUUUCGGACCUACAACAACUGCUAGCUGACCCCAUCCAAUUUAAUGAUAGAUUACAACUUGCUCACAGUGCGCUGAACAGGAAAGAUGGCCAGUGAGAAACAUAAAGAGUUGGCCGCUUUUAUUAAAGGUGUUCAUCAAAACCUGCGUUUACAGUCACGGUCUGUAGGAGCCGAACAAGCCUGGUCGGAACAUUGUCAACAAACUCAUGUGUUAGAGAAGUAUGCUGAGAAUAUGAAGCUUUUGGCAACAGAAUUCUGGGAGAAGAAUAAUUCAAAAGAAAGUGACUUAUGCAGAAUUAAAUGGGUUGUAAACCAAUGUGAAGAGUAUUUUUACAAAAGCGGUUAUGUUAGUGCAGCAGCAAAGGAAAACAAAUUGAGUACAAGAUUUUUAAAUAAGCCUGUAAAGCAAGUUGAAUCAUCAGGAGAUGUUCUGAAAUUAAUAGAUGUCGGAAGUUGCUACAAUCCUUUUUCAAACUUUUCUAUUUUUGAGGUGACUGCAUUAGACCUUAUGCCAGCAACCUCGGAUGUUAUAAAGUGUGAUUUCUUAUCAGUGAAUAUUGACAUUGGUACGAAAGUUAUAGAAAAUCCAUGCUUUGAUCUGCCAGCAGAACAUUUUGAUGUUGUCGUGUUCUCACUUCUCCUGGAAUAUUUUCCCUUUUCUGAUCAACGGUUUAGGUGCUGUGCAAACGCAUACAAGCUGCUGAAACCGGGUGGUCUAUUGUUCAUCUUGACCCCUGACUCAAAACAUGCUACGGCCAACUCCAAAGUUAUGAAGAGCUGGAGAUAUGCCCUGGCUUCGCUAGGGUUCUGGAGAGUGAGCUACCAGAAACUGCGACACCUCCACUGCAUGGCGUAUCGGAAGUGUGUGGACCCGCAAGUGUCGAGGAGUUGGUUUGUUGCGCAGCAGUGUCAGGAGCUACCGGAAACUCUGAUGUGUAUACCCCAAGACUUCCAUGACUACUGCGAUACUUCGGCUGAUGUUGCAUUGCUGCCAGAGAGAUGUGAUGUAGACAACAGUCUACUGGCAGAUACGUUCUCAAGUUUACCUGAUGUUGAUGUUUUCUCGUAAUGCCUUUUGAAGUUUUCAAAAAUCAGUUAUACAAUUAGUACUAACAUAGUAAUAUUUUUUUAUCUACAAAUAUAUUAUUAAGGACAGUACUAACAGAGAAAAUAGUUGUUAGGACUUUUAGGACUUGGAACAAACUUAUGUAAUUGUCCUAUUAGUUUUCAGGGUCAUUAUGGGUAACUAUGGCUGUUUCCUUUGUCACCUCUGAGAGUUAUUGCCAUGUUCUGUCCCUCAGCUCGGCGGGCCACACUUAGUGACCCUCGCUUUCCUAUUUAGAUUGUCAUGCCACUAUAAGUGGCCCACUAUAUAGCGAAAUUAUAAAAUUCAAUGUAUCCAGACAUUAAUGGAAAGUGUUACGAUCUCUCAGCAAAAUAAAGAACUAAAUUAACACUUCACUUUUUGCAGCACAUACCAUACUAUGUAUACAUAUAUCAUUUAGAAAUUUUUGUCCGAGUGUCAGUACCACUCCACCUGAUAGUGUAUCCUAUCAGGAAAUGUAUUAAAAUACUAGUACAUUAAGUGGGACCAUACAUCAUGGAAAUAAGUUUAUAUUUAGUUGAUAUUUAGAGACCUACUUGAGACUAAUUGUAUUUUUAGGUUGCAAAUAAAUAUACUAUUCAAUCAGGUUAAAUUGCAUUACUUAAAUACUUGGUAUGUUAACAAGAAAAUAAUAAAUAACCAAUUAUAAAAGUUUUAACUUUAAAACUAGUAAAAAUUGUAAGUGUUGGAGGAUUGCAUUUAAAUACCUGUCAUUUAAAGGCCGAAGGUCAAAUUCUACCUUUAAAAUACAAGUCAAAGUGACAUAUAUGGUUAAACGAACACCAAGUGGAGACUUUGAACCUAUCUAGCCACUAGCCAUGGCCAGCAAGCUGAGAGGACAACUACCUCAGAUUUCUUUUGAGCUGAGUGAGAGAUCAGUGUGGUCCACACUUAGAGGUUUUACGAGUGCAUAGGGUUAAGAGGUAGAAUGAUAUUAAAAUAUAAAUUGUUGAAUCCGUCCCAAAGUUACUUGUUUGUUACAUUUGUACUUACUUGUCACAUAGUAGUGUUUAAAAUGACUGCCAUAAUCAACUCUCCCCAUGACCAUGAAGUAAAUUGUGUCUUAGAUUUCUUUUGGCAAAGAAAAUGUAACCGAUGGAAAUUCAUUUCCAACUGUAUUCUGUGAAUGGAGAAGACAUUAUGAGCUAUUCUACAGUUAAAAAUUGUGCCAAUUGUUUCGUGAAGAAUGAACUGUUCAUGAAAAUAAAAAAAGUGAUUGACCGCUUGUCGAUGCUGAUGAGCUUGUCUAACAAAUCAAUCAUGAGAUUAGGGACAAUAAAAUAUUUACAAUCCCUGGUCUUCAAAACACUUUAGAUAGAUUUUAUUGAGAUUAACAAACAAAAUUUUCUGUAUGAAAUUGUGACUGAGAAACUUAGAUAUCGUCAAUUUUGUCCCCGAUAAGUACCCCCAAAUUCUUGACUGGUGAACUCUCAAAACAAAGAGAAUCAGACUAACUCUAUAUUUUUGUAUUCAGUACCAUAAAGAAGGUGACAUAUUUCUCAAACACAGUCACUGGUGAUGAAACAUGGGUUUUUUAUAACCGAUGUCAAACAAAGCAGCCAAUCAAUGGAGUGAGGUAACUUCAGGUCGCUGCAGAAUCCGCUGCGUUCGGUUAUGUGUGCAGGUGGCAGAAAAUUAUUCAUUAGGUAUUGAAAAGCUUUUACCUAGAUACCAUAAGUGUUUAAAUGUUAUUAUUAACUAUGUUGAAAAAUAGUAUGAGUUAUUUUUAAUGUAUGUAAUAAAAAAAGCUGUAAAAAUUAUGUUUAAUUUUUAUUUAUUAAAACAAAUUAUUUUCCAAACAACCCUCAUACUAAUGUGACCAUGUACAGGCUAACAUCAUAAUGUUGUUUGUUAAAUAUUCAAGCAAUGCCUGACUGAUACACCAACCCAAUAAUGAUUUGAUAAUGAACUCAAGCAAUAGCACUGCAUAUAACCAAGAGCACUAAACAACACAUGUCACAAGCAUUAGGAGAGGUGGAAGACUGGGAAAACAAUUAAUGUUAGGAUUUCCUUUGAUAUCUCGGUUUAUUACGUGAAACGAAGAAAACAGAAAAUGGUGGUUGUGAGUGAGCAGAGUAGAAGACAGUUGCCUCUGGCUUUACAUUAUGGGCCUUGACCACAAUGUCAAGGUUUGUGUAGAAAUUUUAUUGGCCUUUAUUUAGUUUUAGUCACAAAAUUUGCCUAACUUUAACAUAAAAAUGACUUUGUAGGUGAUCUGCUAAUUUUAUAUACAUGUGGGCUCAAUAAGUUCACUUUUGAACAACUUCUCACAGUAUUAUUUUGGCUUCAUCCCACAUCAUGUGACAAUUUUCCAAUUAGCAAUGUUAAGCAAUUUUAGACUUUUUCACUAGCUUUUUUGUAUUGUCUUUAUGUUCUUUAACUCAUAUUUAGUGAGCUUCUUAUCCCACCUAUGUUUCCUAUUAUAAGAACAUGUUAUUCUGUAAACACGGUUUUCAAGUCCUGCUAAGUAUUUUGUGUUUUUAAAUCAGUUUUAAUAUUAUAUUUUCUGCCUUCUCUUUUAAUUUUCUCUGAUAAUCCUGGCACAUGUAUGUACAUUUUUUGUUUUUUAUUCAGGUAUUUCCUAUUAUUUCUUUUGCUCUUAUUUAUGACAAUAAGGGUAUUCAUAUUCUGUAAUAACCAAUUCAACUUUUUCUUUUUAUUACUUCUUUCAACCCAUCUUCGUUUGAGCACAUGUAUGUUUAACCUUAUUUAUUAGGGUUCUUUGACACAAGAGGAAGAGGGUAGAUUUCAAUCCUUUAAACAUAGUGUCCUAUUUUUGUAACAUAUUAUUACAGUCAUUAAUUGUCCUAAAUCCAGUUACCUUUUUAAUUCUCAGUGUUAUGAAUAUAAUGAUUACUGAUUGCAGAAGUCAGUAUGUGUAUCACUUGAUAAAAAUAACUAUUUAUCAGUUACUGUUGUAAGGUAAUAGUUCAUAUGUUUCAGAGUAGUAAGCAAAUGUAAAAAAGUCUAGUGCCUGUUUGUAAGUCUCAAAAUAUUUUUUCAUCACUUAGUUAAAAAAAUCCAGAUCCCGUAUUUAGAAUUUUGUCUCUGUUGAGUAUCCAGAUUGCACAUAUGAAGAGUAGAGUUUUAUAUUUUAGUAACUAAAAUAAUUCAAAAUUUUAUCACAUAAUCCGUUACUGUCUUUGUUUCUGCUAGAAGUGAAUAUUUUGGUUAUACAAAGCUGAGUUUAAAUUCAAAGAAAUUAGUCAAUUGUUAGGUUUGUAUAAUCUGUACUGAAUAAACUGAACUUUUAGAUCUGCA